GCCAGCGAGAACUUUGUUCUGCAUACGGCAAGAGCCUCGUUCCUGUUCGGAAGGAGAAUCCCGCUCCCAUCUGCUUGGCAAGAAGAUGGCCUUGGUUCCUUAUGACGACUCAGCUCUUUGGGGAACGCAAAAGCUACACCAGUCUUCUUCUGUAUACAGUUUUGCUAACCACACCAUCCAGAUCAAGCAGGACUGGAAGCAGCUGGGUGUAGCUGCAGUGGUAUGGGAUGCGGCUGUAGUGUUGUGUACUUUCUUGGAAAUGGGAGGCAUUGAUCUCCAAGGGCGUUUGGUGAUUGAGUUGGGAGCUGGAACUGGCUUGCUGGGAAUUGUAGCCGCGCUGCUUGGUGCCCAUGUCACCAUCACAGACAGAAAGGCGGCCUUGGCACUCCUGGAGUCUAACGUUGGGGCCAAUGUGCCCACCGACCUCCGGACAAGAGCAGUGGUCAAAGAACUGACUUGGGGACAAGAUUUAGCGAGCUUUUCUCCAGGAGGGUAUGAUGUAGUUUUGGGUGCAGAUAUAGUUUAUCUGGAAGAAACGUUUGAUGCUCUUCUCCAGACGCUGGACCAUCUCUGCUCUGACCAGACUGUGAUCCUGUUAUCAUGCCGCCUCCGCUAUGAACGGGACCAGAAUUUCCUGAAGAUGCUGAAGGGACUUUUUGCCGUACAUGAGGUGUUCUAUGACAGCAAUCAUGAUGUGCAUAUAUUUAAAGCACAGAGAAAUGUCCUGAACAGAGAUCUGUGAUUGGAUCAGUUGUGAAUUUGUUGCCAGCUUAUGCCUGUCGACUUGAUCAUGUGAUUACAACUCCCAGAAUCCCCAAGACAGCUUGUUGUCUGGAUAAGCACCCAGGGAGUUGUAGUAAAAAUAAUAUUUCUACGGUUUAUCACCUCCUCAGUAUACAUGGAGCAAAGAAUUAACUGAAUCCCAGCCAUUACUGAUUUUUUAAAAAAAUAAUUGCUAGUAGUAUCUCAGACUAACCGAAUUAUACAUGACUCUGAAUGAUUUCCAGACACAAAUUUGGCACCAAUGCAGGAAGCAGAACACACUUUGGCGCAGAGUAAGCACAAAAUCCAAUUAGAUUCACAAUGAUGACAUUUUAUUUCUGAUUUCCACUGGUGUGGAAUAAUAUAAAUUGAUGGACAAGGUGGAAAUGAAACAGUGAAAACAAGUACACUCUUGUGAUUCAAAAAAAGAUAAUGACAAUUGCAAAGGAAAUACUUUACGAGAUUAUGUGCAAUGAAAUUGUUUAGUUGUUUGCUUCAGAAACAAGAGUUGGACAACUGUGGAGGGACAACAUUUGACAGCCCGCAGUAGGGACCAAUGGGGAAAAAAAUCAAGAAAUUAACUUUUUCAUUAAUGGUGGAAAUAUAUUUUACCCAAGUGAAUACAACAGCCACAAGUCAGACCUAGUCUGGCCUAGGACCUUUUGCUGAAUGGAGGGGCCUUCAUGGUGGCUAUUAAGGAGCAAUUCAUACAUGAUCCCACCUGUACCAAACUUGUACUUGCCAUCGGGUACAUCCUAGAUAGGGAGCAGUAGCCAUUUCCAUUGGAUAGCACUAGACAUUUUUAAACAAUGAUGGGCAUAUCUUGAAAGUGUUUCUAUUUUCCCUAUUGUGCUUUGUUUGAAUGCACUCAGGGUGCUGCUGAGUAAUCCAUGCAUUCUGACAUACUUAGUUAACUUAAAGCAAAGGCAGAUACUUAAGUGCUAUAUAGUGGGAAUUGUACAAGUCAUCCAUUAUGACUACUGGUGAGGGACCAUCAUAAACGCAGGCCCUCACUUCCUCCUUCUUCCCAGGGCAACGUAUGAUAAAACCCAUUUUAAUUAAAAAUAAAUAAUAAAAAUAAUUGUAAAAGGCUUUUUGGUCAUGUCAGGAGCGACUUGAGAAACUGCAAGUCGCUUCUGGUGUGAGAGAAUUGG